GUGAGACGCGCGCGGAUCCCAUUUUUUUCCCUCCCGUCAGGACUAUUUACUUUUGUUUACAUUGUUUACAUUGUAUACAUCUAGUGUUGAUGAGCAGUGAUUGGGAUAUCGAAGACCAUCGGUCCCUCAUCCCCUCGAAAGUGCGAUAUCUCGAUGACAUUUUAAAGUCUCUGGUGAUGAUGACAACGUCUUGAUGACAGUUGAGGAUUUUUAAGUAUUUUUGAGUUCUCCAGUGAUUGUUCGAGGAGUGAGUGCUCUGGUUAUCGGAUUUUUAUCGUUUUUAGUUCUGGUAUUGGAUAAUUUAUUGUUGGAGGAACGAAAUCGUCAAUCUUCGUGGAAACGAGAAAAAAACGUGAAAACGUGGAGAGACAUGAUCGUCAACUGGUAGUUAAUCAGCCAUGGGGAUGCGAGAGGAAGAAAUAUUUGUCCAAGAGAGCAAGAGAAUUUCAUUCGUCCGGGAUCAAAGGAAUUUUUUAACGCACGAGGUCAAUAUUGAGGAGCUGGUGGAUUGUGGUGAAUGGGCAUGAUAGCUCAUCAUGUUCAACCACCGACACGAGCCAUUACAGGCACUGUCGACAAAAAUCUACAAAUGCCUUGUGAUAACAUUUAUCGUUAUCAUUAGCAGCAACUAUGUCACCAGUGAUCUCAGCUCAGAGUUUGUCAAAGGAAAAAUCUGUAUCGGGACGAAUGGACGAAUGUCAGUACCAUCAGACCGUCAGCAUCAUUAUCGAAAUCUUCGAGAUAGAUACACCAAUUGUACUUACGUGGACGGUAAUUUGGAGCUAGCCUGGCUACAGAAUCACAAUUUCGAUCUGAGUUUUCUGCAGUAUAUCCGGGAAGUAACAGGAUACGUGCUGAUCAGUCAUGUAGACAUCAAAGUGGUUCUCCCAAGGCUUCAGAUAAUCCGAGGACGAACGCUUUUCAAACUUAACAUUCACGACGUUGAAUUUGCUCUACUUGUUACGCUGUGUAAUAUGAUGAAUCUGGAGAUGCCAGCACUCAGGGACAUUCUGAAUGGUAGCGUUGGAAUGUACAAUAAUUACAAUCUCUGUCACGUCAAGACAAUAAAUUGGGACGAGAUAAUAACGGGACCAGGUGGUAAAUAUUUACGCGUAUACAACUUUACGAGCCCUGAGAGAUCCUGUCCCAAGUGCCAUGAAUCGUGUACCCUGGGUUGUUGGGGUGAUGGACCAGAGAAUUGCCAGAAAUUCUCGAAAAUAAAUUGCUCCCCUCAGUGCUGGAAGGGCAGAUGCUUCGGUCCAAAUCCCAGAGACUGCUGUCACCUUUUUUGCGCUGGUGGUUGCACUGGUCCCAAACAGAGUGACUGCCUCGCAUGCAGAAAUUUCUACGAUGAUGGUGUUUGCACACAGGAGUGUCCACCCAUGCAGGUAUACGACCAAGACCACUACUUCUGGAAGACAAAUCCCAAUGGAAAAUACGCAUAUGGUGCUACCUGCGUGCGAAAGUGUCCAGAGCACCUGUUGAAGGACAGUGGUGCCUGUGUCAGAUCGUGUCCCCCACAAAAAAAGGCUGAGAAUGGUGAGUGCGUGCCCUGCGAUGGUCCCUGCCCUAAGACCUGUCAGGGUGUCGACAAAGUCCACUCUGGGAACAUCGAGAGCUUCAAAGACUGCACAAUCAUCGAGGGCUCCAUUACGAUUCUCGAUCAGAGCUUCAUCGGCUUCCAGAGCAUCAACUCCGACUUCACCUUUGGCUCCAGAUACGGACCAAUGCAUCCAGAUCGUCUGGAGGUCUUCAGCACCCUCAAAGAGAUUACUGGGUACCUGAAUAUUCAGGGCGCCCAUCCGGACUUCAAAAAUCUCUCUUACUUCAGGAAUUUGGAGAUAAUCGAUGGGAGAACUCUUACCGAGCACUUCGCGGCUCUUUAUAUUGUCAAAACUUCAUUAGUUUCCCUUGGUCUCAGCUCACUCAAGAGAAUAUCUUCUGGGUGUUUCGCUAUUUUAGAGAACAAGGAGCUCUGCUAUGCACAGAGCAUCAACUGGACGAGAAUACGAAAGUCCGUUGAAUAUGGAAAUUUAUUGUCUAAUAAUAAAAACGAUUCUGAGUGCGUGAAAACGGGAUUAGUCUGCGAUGCCCAGUGCUCUGAUGAGGGAUGCUGGGGUCCUGGACCCUCGCAAUGUCUCUCCUGCAAGAAUUUUAUACUAGAAAAUGUUUGCCUUGAGAGUUGUAAUGCAUUACCCGGAAUUUACGGAGCUGGUGAUAAAAUCUGCAAGCAUUGCCAUGAGGAGUGCGAAGGGACAUGCCUGGGUCCAGCUGCUGAUCAUUGCACGUCCUGCAAGCAUUUUAGGGAUGGGAGAUACUGCGUGGCGCAUUGUCAGGCCUUGAAAUACGAGGAGAAUGGUGAAUGUCAGCCUUGCCAUAGUAAUUGCAUUGAUGGAUGCACUGGGCCAGAGAAUAAGAUAGGGCUUGGGGGAUGCAAUAGUUGUGCAAAGGCUAUAGUUGAUAACGAUGUACCUGGGGAGUGUUUGCAGAGGCAGGAUCCGUGUCCAGAUGGUUACUACUACGAGUGGAUUGAUCCCCAGGAGUUGGGACCACUUAAGGCACUUGCUGGCACUGGUGCAUGCAAAAAAUGCCAUCCACGUUGUAACAAGUGCACUGGAUAUGGGGUGCAUGAGCAGGCGUGCCAGGAGUGCGUUAAAUUCAAACGUGGUGAACACUGCGAGGACGAGUGUCCAGGUGAUCAUUAUGUUGAGGCUGAUACACAGCUUUGUAUACCGUGUGCUUUUGAGUGUCGAAGUUGUUAUGGGCCUGAGGCUAAUCAGUGCUGGGAGUGCAGAAAUUUGAGGAUUUAUGAGGAUGGCGAUCCUGGUGAUAAUUCUACAGUAUUCAAUUGCACUGGUUCAUGUCCACCGGAGUAUCCUCAUAAGAUUUUUUUUGACGAGGGCGAGCCUUAUUGCUCUGCUGCAGCGGCUGGUUCUGCAUUUGUGCAGGAGGAAAUACCUCCUGCGGUUUUGAUGGGAGUGGGAAUUAUCGUGGUGUUGAUUUUAGUGGUGAGUGCUAUAAUUGUGUGGCAGUGGAGACUGAGGACGAAGGCUAAAGAGAAUACGGUGAAGAUGACGAUGGCACUGACGGGGAUGGAUGACAAUGAGCCAUUGCAUCCGACUGGUGUCAAGCCAAAUCUUGCCAAGUUGAGGAUUACUAAGGAGGAGGAGAUGAGAAAGGGUGGGAUACUUGGGUAUGGAGCUUUUGGCAAUGUGUAUAAAGGGGUUUGGGUACCUGAGGGUGAGAAUGUCAAGAUUCCAGUGGCCAUCAAGGUACUUCAUGACAGCACUGGUGCCAAUAUGUCCAAGGAAUUUCUGGAUGAGGCGUACAUCAUGGCUAGUGUUGAUCAUCCGAAUUUACUUCAACUUCUCGCUGUAUGCAUGACCUCCCAGAUGAUGCUGGUGACUCAGUUGAUGCCACUGGGCUGUCUUCUUGAUUUUGUUCGCACUUAUAAGGACAAAAUUGGAUCGAAACCGAUGCUCAAUUGGUGUACACAAAUAGCGCGUGGUAUGUCGUAUCUGGAAGAGCGGAGACUCGUACAUCGCGAUCUCGCCGCAAGAAACGUUCUCGUUCAAACUCCAAGUUGCGUUAAAAUAACAGAUUUUGGUUUGGCUAAAUUGCUGGACAUCAAUGAGGAUCAGUACAAGGCAGCUGGAGGAAAAAUGCCCAUUAAGUGGCUGGCACUCGAGUGCAUUCAGCACCGGGUGUUCACUCACAAAUCGGACGUCUGGGCAUUCGGUGUCACCAUCUGGGAGAUAUUGACCUACGGUGGUCGACCCUACGAGCAAAUACCCGCCCGAAAUGUUCCAGAACUCCUGGAGAAAGGUGACCGACUGCCACAACCGAAAAUCUGUUCAAUCGACGUCUACAUGAUAAUGGUGAGCUGUUGGUUCCUGGACACCGAGUCAAGGCCAUGUUUCAGAGAGCUCGCCGAUAAUUUCGGCAAAAUGUCGAGGGAUCCUGGCAGGUACCUCGCCAUCAAAGACGACAGCAACAUGAGACUCCCUUCGUACAGCAUUCAAGAUCAGAAGGAGUUGAUCAGAAAUCUGGCGUCAGCCAUGGACAGUCCGGAGACUGUCCUAGAAGCCGACGAAUACCUCCAGCCUACAUCCAGGCAUCCAGCAGCCUCGACAUCCAGUACCUCAGGAUCUCCCCAUAACACACCAGGAAAAACCUGCUGGCCACAUGGAACUCCUCCAUUAACCACGGACUCUCCGACUCCUCAAAAUCAACAGAAUUUUGACAGAGAAAUGCUCAAGUACAGAACAACCCAUGAGAGUGGUAGAGACACUUCUCAAGACCCCAGCAGCUCAGGCCAGAGCUCCAAUUACACUCAUCUCAAUGGUCACUGCGGCGAGAGCACUUCGGAGAGCUCCAGGUACUUUUCGGAUCCUCUGAAGACGACUAGUGCCAAAGACGGCGAUACAACAGACGAUUGUUUCUCCAUAGAACUCGAUCCGACCUAUCAACAAGCCCAAUUAGGCAGCAUCAAGCUUGAUCUCCCCCUAGACGAAAACGAUUAUCUCAUGCCUUCACCUAAACGCAAUAAUACCUCGCAGUACAUGGAUCUCGUCGGUGAUAAUCAAUCCGCUGAUUUAGAACCAAAGAGAGUGCAAAACAGCUACCGCAAUCUGGAGUUCCUCAGAAUUCCAGAUAAAACAUCCCUGGACAACCCAGAGUACAUGUCCCAGGACAAUGAGAUCCCUCAAUCCCCUGGGGGUUUAACGCCUGAUCUCGAUAAAGUCGUCGCGAAUUCAGAAUUUGCAGCGCAGAGGCAGAGAAACUCCGAGGAAGAGUCUGAUCACGAGUACUAUAACGAUUUCGAUCGUCUGGAACGUGAGCUUCAGCCUCUGAAGAAGAAUGAAACAACUGUUUAAUAAAUCAAAGUUAUUUCCUAAUUGUUCGAAGUACUUAGGGCGUGACAACUGGAACUUUCGUGCAAUGAGAGGAUAAAGAGGUGAUUGGAUUCUUAAGGUGCCAUUACACUGUGGCUUGUACAUAAAAAAUACGAAGAACAAUUUUAGUUAUUAAUUCGUAAUUCUGUUAGAAUUUUAUGAAGUUUUCUUGAUUAUUCUAAAUGGAAAUUGAAGGGAAAAUAUUGGAGUGAUUUUAGUUUUGGAGGGGGAGGACGUUUUGCGUAUUUUUCACUUCCGCCUUUUGUAAAUCGUUAUGCGAUAAUUCAUUGGACAGAUUUUUACCGCAUAAUUAUGUCGAGAGAAAUGUAUAAAUGCGGUUUACCGCUGACUGUGAUAGAAUUAGAAUUUUUCUUCCAGCGAGGAACAAAAUUAAAAACAUGGAAGAGGAACAGUGUUAUAACUUAAAGAGAUUUUUAAGCUCCAAUUUGAGGCAAUCGUUUUUAAAUAUUAGUAUUAAUUUAUUGUUAAGAAAAUCAUUCGUAACUGUCAGCGUACAAAUAACUUACUGUUACCAACGAAAUUGUCGCCAAUUUUAUCCCCAACGAAAACAUUUUCGAUUCUUUUACACAAUCGAGUUACAAAAUAAAUCAACUAUUUACAUGAGAUUAACUUAUUCUAAAAACAAAUGGUUCUAAACCACAGAAAUUCUAGGAUAAGACCAACGAUUUUGUAAUUAUCGUACAAUAAAUAAACGUAACAACGAAAAUUCAUUAAAAAAUUACAUUCAAAAAAAUGUACAUAUGUAUCGUGAGUGCAGCAAAUAAAUAAAAUUUGAAAUAACUCGGAUACCGAUAAUUUGGGAAUUAAAAUUUACAUUUUCUCCAGCACAAAAAAUAGUCCUUUCUUCCUAAAUCAUUCUGCAGAUCACACGAGAUUAACAGGUAAAAUCGACUUAUCUCUUUAUCACUUCACUGUCGAUUUUACGUAUAUGUGAUGUAUAUCUACUAUGUGUGAGUCAAUGUUGGCUGCAGACAAGUCAGUCGUGUUUGAAGCGUCAUACUACGCAGUUUAUCCAUCGUCAUUCUUCAAUCGAGACGAGCAAACCGAAUUUUAAACGAUUCACGUGAAUAAUCUGCUUACAUCACUCCUUCUGGACUUCCG